AUGCCUUCAUCUUCUCCACUGUACUACUUCAGGAAAAUGUACAGGUUUUUGCCAAAUGAAGUUGUGUUUCACUGGAUCACUGUGUGUGUGCAGGAUGUGGUGCGGAGCUGGUAUCCGCGUUUACCCUCCAUCGUACAGAACGCAGAGCAGCUGGUGACCAAUGCAGAGGAGUGUGCUGAAGCCUGCAGAGAGGGUGAAACUCAACAUCUCUCAGAGCUGAGGAUUGUGUUAAUGGGUAACAGAAAUGUUGGGAAGAGUUCAACAAAAAACACUAUUCUGGGCAGAGAGGAGAUUGACUUCUUAUCUCAUCGGUGUGUAAAGAGACAUGGAGAAGUAGCAGGUAGACACAUCACUGUCAUUGAAGCUCCAGGAUGGUGGAGGAACGAAUCUGUCGAGGAGAGUCCUGAGUUACUGAAACAGGAGAUUUUGCUCAGUGUGUCUCUGUGUCCUCCAGGACCACACGCUGUACUACUGAUCAUACGUGUGGACUACCCAUUUACAGAGAAUAAUAGAAAAGUAUUGCAGGGGUAUCUGGAUCUUCUCGGUGAGAGAGUCUGGAGUCACACUAUAGUGCUGUUCACUCGUGGAGACUAUCUGUCAGACACAUCUAUAGAGCAGCACAUUGAGAGUGAAGGGCAGGAUCUCCAGUGGCUUCUGGACAAAUGUGGGAACAGGUAUCAUGUUCUCAACAAUCAGAACAGGAGUGACCACACUCAGAUCAAGGAGCUGCUGCAGAAGAUUGAGGAGACAGUGGCACAAAACAACGGCUGCCAUUUGGAAAUAGACAGAAAUAAUUCAGAAAUCAUAGAUCGAAGCAAGGGAUCUUCAAGAGGAAGCUUUGAAAAUGCAACAGAUAUGAUGGGUGAUGGAGAGAGCCCUUCCUUCAGUCCACUCACAAAACAAAAGAAAAGAUCACAAAACACACGUCUCUCUGAGCUUGUAAGAAAAUCUCUCAGCAUUGGAGUUCCACCAUCCAUGAGUGUUGAAGGGAAUACAGUAACUGAAAUAUUUAACAGAUGCCACACAAUUGAGCCCACAACAACAGCACACAGCAGGAAAGUUGGACCAUCCAUGAGUGGAGAUGAUGGAUCUGAUUCAUGGUCUCUGGGAAGUUCUGCUUAUGGUUCAUUCAGAUCACGAUCAGGAGCAGACACAGUUUUUGGAUCAUCACGUUCCAGAGAUUCAUCUCACACAAGUUACGAGUCAGGGGCCAUAAAACGAUAUAACAGCAUUGAACUUCCACCACCCAACAUGAGUGUUAGAGGGAAAACAGUAACUGAAAAAUGUUACAGACGCCACACAACUCAGUUCACAGCAAGACACAGCAGGAAAGUUGGACUAUCCAUUAAGAGGUCUCGGGUAAACUCUGCCCAACUAGAAGCAGACAGCAGGUUUGGGUCAUCAUGCUCCAUAGUCUCCACUGGCAGCUCAGGAUAUGGAUCUUCAUGCUCCCUUCCUCAAUCUGUGGAACAGUCAGAACACAAAUGGACAAAUAGUGCGUUUAAGAUUUCAGAACUUUCAGACAAACAAGAUGAGUGUGAAGAUAUGAACUUAUAAGAAUUAAUGUAUGCAAAUGACUGUUUAUAUAGCCAUCCAUUCUCCAAGCUGCAUGUUCUAUGUAGCGAUUCAGGAGCCUGUCCCAGCAUCUCAGGCCUGUCGUAGACAGGGAAACACUCUGGAUGGAUGGCCAGUUGUUUAAAUAUCUUAAUCUAUAAAAUAUUAAUAUUGUACACUGUAAAAACUGGGAUU